AUGGCGAUCGCCAAGCCUGCCAAGGGCGCCGCCCCCAAGAAGAAGGCGCUGUCUUUCGUGGUGGACUGCAGGCAGGUGGUCACCACUGUGUCAGUGUGGUGUCAGCAGGCAGAGCAAGACGGCAGCAGCUGCAGCGGCAGCAGCAGCGGCUUCAGGACAAUACGAGCAGCUGCAGUUGCAACGAGCAGCUGCAGUUGCUACUGGCAGCUGCACAGCAGGGAUAGCGGCGGUAGCAACAUGAGCAGCAAGCCCGUGGGUGACUCCAUCAUGGAGAUCGCGUCGUUUGAGAAGUUCCUGGCCGACAAGAUCAAGGUCAACGGCAAGACCGGCGUGCUGGGGGACAGCGUCAAGGUGUCCCAUGACAAGUCCAAGGUGACCGUGACCAGCGAGGCGCACAUGUCCAAGCGGUACGUCAAGUACCUGACCAAGAAGUUCCUCAAGAAGCACAACGUGCGCGACUGGCUGCGCGUCAUCGCCUCCAACAAGGACCGCUCCGUCUACGAGCUCCGCUACUUCAACAUCGCGGAGAACGAGGGCGAGGACGACGAGUAG